AUGGAAUUGGAGAAGCUAUGUCGGCAAAAAUCCAUAUCCUCCGAUGGCGGAAAAAGUUCAGAUUCUGUCAUUACCCAUACUCAUGAUCACCAACAAACCGAUCACCCCUCUUCCAAUUCAAACACCGUAGUCUUGGCUCUCUGUGUGCCCACUCCGAUCACGAAGAACCAAACCCCAACACCCACCGGUCACAAUUCCGGCCUCAGACGUCCGAAAAAGGAGAGGCGGUGGCCUCCCUCCGCCCCCGCCGUCUGCGUGUUCAAGUUCUUGGAUCUCUCAUGGUGCUGCGAUUGUGGGCUCGCUGAUAAAUUAAGGCGGCUGAAUCUGAGUGGCUGCGCCGUGGUUUCGAAGGGGGUUUUGGUGGUGGAGGGUAAAAUUGGUUCGAUCAGGGGAUUGUCGAAAUUCUUACGGCUUUCUGACUGUCGCGCGAGGGUUGUCUGUGUGGGUAAGAUUUCAAGGCCCAACUUUGCGACAUGCAAUAUUAGACGCCAAAAAAGAGGCAAAUGUGGCCCACUACUGCUGAUAAAAUUCCAGUUGUGCUCUGCUCUGCUCUGCUUCUCUACAACUACAAGGGGUUUUGAUGUUUUGGUGAAGGGUGGUUGA